CAUUUGCUCUUUGUCAAGUCGCGCGGUGAGAAGCAAAGCAUUUUCCUCCCCUCUUACACACACUCUCUCUCCUCAUUGCCAUAACAACAGAUGCGGUGCAUCAAUCGGUGCGGAUCUGUACGGGAUCAGCCUUCAGCAGCCAAGCGUUAAGACACCGCAAAAGUGACGCGCGCACACGCACGCGCCAUUUGAACUGUUUACGUCAAACCGUUUAAACCGCUUCAAGGAGAGCCGAGCGCGCGCGGGAGAUCCUCAGCGGGGUUAUCGGGGCGAGCGAAGAGGAAAAGAGAAAGGCAGGAAGUGCAGCGUGUGAAAGCGGGGGAAGAUCUCCGGGGAUCGCCUGAUAUCCAGCGCGCGUUCACUUCUCUAUCUACAGUCCUCCCCGGUUUGGGUCUUUUUUCGGCCAUGGCUCGGGAGAACGGAGAGGCCGGCGGGGAUUGCUCGUGGAAGAAGCAGGUCGAUGAUAUCAAGGAGAUGUUUGAAUUCAAGGAGGUGCUCGGGACGGGUGCAUUCUCAGAGGUGGUCUUGGCUGAGGAGCGGACCACAGGAAAGAUGUUUGCUGUCAAGUGUAUUCCUAAAAAGGCCCUGAAGGGGAAGGAGAGCAGCAUCGAGAACGAAAUCGCUGUUUUGCGCAGAAUCAAGCAUGAGAACAUUGUGGCUUUGGAAGACAUCUAUGAAAGCACCAAUCACCUCUACCUUAUAAUGCAACUUGUGUCUGGAGGUGAGUUGUUUGACCGGAUUGUGGAGAAAGGUUUCUACACAGAAAAAGACGCCAGCACACUCAUCAGACAAGUACUAGAUGCUGUAAACUACCUCCACAGUAUGGGCAUAGUACACAGAGAUCUCAAACCAGAGAAUCUUCUUUAUUUCAACCCUCAAGAUGGCUCAAAGAUCAUGAUCAGUGAUUUCGGCCUGUCUAAGAUGGAGGGCACCGGAGAUGUCAUGUCCACGGCCUGUGGAACACCAGGAUACGUGGCUCCAGAGGUUCUGGCACAGAAGCCGUACAGUAAAGCUGUUGACUGCUGGUCUAUCGGAGUCAUUGCCUACAUCUUACUGUGUGGUUACCCUCCCUUUUACGAUGAGAACGACUCCAAACUCUUUGAGCAGAUCUUGAAAGCUGACUAUGAGUUUGAUGCGCCAUACUGGGAUGAUAUAUCUGAUUCAGCAAAAGACUUUAUCAGUUGUUUGAUGGAAAAGGACCCUUCAAAGCGAUACACGUGUGAACAGGCCCUUCGACAUCCCUGGAUCGCAGGGGACACAGCGCUCUGCAAGAACAUCCACGAGUCUGUCAGUCGACAAAUGCGCAAAAACUUUGCAAAAAGCAAAUGGAGGCAAGCCUUCAAUGCUACGGCCGUGGUACGCCACAUGAGGAGACUGCAGUUAGGUAGUAGCAUGGGGAGCAGCAUGGAUGCAUCUAGCGCCACCAACCAGAACCGCAUACUGAAUGCAAACCAGACUCCGACCCUACCGCCGAUCCAAACAUCAAACCAAACUCCAAAUGCGACUGCAGCGCUUAGCCAAAACCACAAACCUGCUCUGAAAGCAAAUACAAUGCUUAUUAACGACAUGGCAACAGGCACCAACUCUAAAGCACGCAAAGACUGUACGGCCCCUCCCCACACUUCCUGUUCUCUGGCAUCAGCUGCUUCCUCCGCCACCUCAGGGGCGGAGCCCUGCAGGCCACUCCCCCCUUCGGUUGCAUCAGUGAGCACAGUGUUAACUGGGACCAAGUGACGCCAGGUUCUGCGGGGAGAGAGCUGGGAGGCCACUGCCCUGUAAGCCCCGCCCCUCAGCCCACUCCUCGCCCUGCCGUUGAAGAAAGGCAGAGGACUGACCCAUCACCAUAGCAACCACCGAGAGGCUAAAAAUGCACUCCACAAUCUGACCUGCCAUUUAAUCUCCAGGCCACUAGAGCAUGCAAUGCAUGCAGUGGCACGCAAAUUCCGUCAGAAGGCUUCCAUUUUGAGAAGUGAAUUUGUGGGGCUGGACAAAACUGUGACGUCUUUGCUAUGAAUAUGCUAUAAACCUUGCCAGCCAUGUUACCUUGUGGAAAAAAGGAGUUGAAAAACUGCAGAGGUUUCGGUGCGAAAGUGUCUGCAUGAUUGUGUCCGCCCUUAUAAGAAGGCGGCGCCAAUGUCAAACAAUUCCUACACGUCUAGCUCUUCCUUCUUUCUCUCUGCCCUGAUUUCCCUGUUUACUUUAUCUGCUCACAAUUUUAUUGUAUUUAUUGUUAGCUACUAUUUCUGAUCUUUCGAGUUUUUUCCACGGAUUUGUCAUGCUGACCUGCAGAAGUGCUUUUAAAACCGUGUUAGACUGUUUUGCGACAUUUUGGAGUCAAGACUUUAUUUGUUUGCACAUAGGCUGUAAGAAAGAACAGUUAGCUUGAAUACUGUAAUAUUACAGUAUACUCACGUAUGGAUGGGAGAUUAAUGAUUUGAGCCAUUAAGAUUGGGUUUUAGCAUCAUGAAGUUUAAGAUAUCCGUUAAAACAUGCAAUAUGUUUGAUUGUUAUCUUACUUCAGUGGACUUUUUUAAAACGCAGGGACCGUAUGGAACAAUCGCAGUUUGACGAAGCUUGUUCCUGCUAUACUCCGCUUCAAAUGUUUCUUUGAAUUCCACAUACAAUCACAGUCAGUGUUAGAUUACGGAAUAUAGUACAAAUGUUAAUACUCAACACAAACACACACACACAAAUCUCCCAAAAAGCCAUGGCAGCGUUUUUCUACACCCAGUGCACGAGUUCUCAGGUAAUUCCGCACCUGCACUGGGCACCAUAGUGAUGGUAUCUAUCGUACUCCAUGGUUCAAGAUUGUCUCAUCCAGCCAGGAUAAUGUGAAGACUGUGGAUUAGGAUGAUGGAAAGCUGUUUAAAUGUUCCACAGCAUUCUCAUAACGAUUGUAUGACAAUUUGACCUGGUGGAUAAACUAGCAAAGGGGAAGUCUUUGUUUUAAAGACACUUGUGGAUCCAUUUGGCAUUGCGUGUGUUGCCAUAGAAAUUCAUUUCUCAGUCUGAGGUAGUAAACAACUCUUAAUUCUUAAAAAAAUGAGUUAUUCUCAAUUCAUAAUUAUAAAUAUAAGGACUUUUUAGUGACUGUAAACAUAUUUCCAGUAUAAUUCAAAGUGGCUGAAUUUAAAGCUUUGGUUUAAGGGCUAUUGUAAGUUAAGGUUUAUUCACUUCCUUGGAGAUGGGUGACUGGUUUCCUGUCCCCAGAUGGCUUUCAUAUCAUGUGAUGUCGGUUUAAAAGUGACUGAUGUCUUCUUUUCCCUUUAUGGUUUGUCAAUAUCACAGGAGGAAAACUUGUCUACAGACGCAGGGGUUUAUAAGUAUGUGACAUUUUCCAAAGUGCCAUGGAAUAUCUUCAUGCAUUUUUCAUCAGUUUCAUCUUGAAUGUUUGUUUCAGUGUAGGCAAAAAUGUGACGCUUUUGGCUGUGCAUCACUAUGCGCGGUUAAAGCUAAUGGAUUUGUUUUUCAGUUAGGUCAUGCAUGCACCGUUUUGUCUUCAUUUUUUACACUCGAGAGGAGUUUGUAAUCUCAGAACAGAUAUACUCUGCAAAGCAUUUCAGAAAAUCAUUAGGGCAAGAUUUAUGUUUUGUACAUUAUGAAAUAUGUUUUGUUUGAGGUUGUGCUAAGAAAACUGCACAUUUAUGUUAAUACAUUGAGUCACAGUGUUAGCAUGAGGCGUUUGUUAAGUAAUAGUUGUUUAAAGAAAUACAAGUUAAGCUCUAUUGUUAUUAUCUGUGACAUACUGUUGAUUACCACAAGAAUAAUUUCCACUUGUCCCUCGGUUUGUAAAGAUAAACAUAAAUCGUGUUCAUUUCCUAUGUCAUCUACAAGAAAAGACAUUCAGGAAAGUUCCAGAGCAUAAAUGUGAAGCUUUUUUUUUAAGGGGCCGUUCACAUUACAUGCAUUUUCGUAUCCGUCUGGGCUAUAUUUAAAUUGUUUUUCUGUGUAAACAUCUGCUAAACUGACAUCUUUAACCAUUGCACUGCGUCUCACUGUUUUUUGCAUCAGUUGCGGUAAUGACAAUACAUAGUAUUGUAAACAGGUCAUAUAAAAACAACUACAACAUUUGUAUUGAAAAAAGUGAGAUGGUGAGUAUUAAGGUAUCCGUGUUUGAACUUCUCUUGCUGAUGCAUCAUGGCAGAAUAAGUCUUUAUUUCACUAAAAAUGUGUUUUGAAAAGUCAGUCAAAAAGCAUUGCGAUACGGAGAAAUGGCUUAAUGGACACCAAGUUUUUUCAUUCUAUUGUCCAGAUUAUUUUUAGUUACUGUUUACUAUUGGGUUUUGGGUACAACAUACAUUAUUUCAAUUUUAUUUUGUUUCUACUACAUUAAAUAGUUCUAAUUUUGAAGCUGUACAUGUUGCAGUAAUGAGAAAUGAACCAGAAAAUUCUCAAAAAAAUCUCAAAUAAAACAAAAUCCUUUGUAAUCUUUAUUUGCAAGAUGGAGCUCAUGUAUAUACAGGUGCUUCUCAAUAAAUUAGAAUGUCGUGGAAAAGUUCAUUUAUUUCAGUAAUUCAACUCAAAUUGUGAAACUCGUGUAUUAAAUAAAUUCAAUGCACACAGACUGAAGUAGUUUAAGUCUUUGGUUCUUUUAAUUGUGAUGAUUUUGGCUCACAUUUAACAAAAACUCAUCAAUUCCCUAUCUCAAAAAAUUAGAAUAUGGUGACAUGCCAACCAGCUAAUCAACUCAGAACACCUGCAAAGGUUUCCUGAGCCUUCAAAAUGGUCUCUCAGUUUGGUUCACUAGGCUACACAAUCAUGGGGAAGACUGCUGAUCUGACAGUUGUCCAGAAGACAAUCAUUGACACCCUUCACAAGGAGGGUAAGCCACAAACAUUCAUUGCCAAAGAAGCUGGCUGUUCACAGAGUGCUGUAUCCAAGCAUGUUAACAGAAAGUUGAGUGGAAGGAAAAAGUGUGGAAGAAAAAGAUGCACAACCAACCGAGAGAACCGCAGCCUUAUGAGGAUUGUCAAGCAAAAUCGAUUCAAGAAUUUGGGUGAACUUCACAAGGAAUGGACUAAGGCUGGGGUCAAGGCAUCAAGAGCCACCACACACAGACGUGUCAAGGAAUUUGGCUACAGUUGUCGUAUUCCUCUUGUCAAGCCACUCCUGAACCACAGACAACGUCAGAGGUGUCUUACCUGGGCUAAGGAGAAGAAGAACUGGACUGUUGCCCAGUGGUCCAAAGUCCUCUUUUCAGAUGAGAGCAAGUUUUGUAUUUCAUUUGGAAACCAAGGUCCUAGAGUCUGGAGGAAGGGUGGAGAAGCUCAUAGCCCAAGUUGCUUGAAGUCCAGUGUUAAGUUUCCACAGUCUGUGAUGAUUUGGGGUGCAAUGUCAUCUGCUGGUGUUGGUCCAUUGUGUUUUUUGAAAACCAAAGUCACUGCACCCGUUUACCAAGAAAUUUUGGAGCACUUCAUGCUUCCUUCUGCUGAAAGAUGCUGAUUUCAUUUUCCAGCAGGAUUUGGCACCUGCCCACACUGCCAAAAGCACCAAAAGUUGGUUAAAUGACCAUGGUGUUGGUGUGCUUGACUGGCCAGCAAACUCACCAGACCUGAACCCCAUAGAGAAUCUAUGGGGUAUUGUCAAGAGGAAAAUGAGAAACAAGAGACCAAAAAAUGCAGAUGAGCUGAAGGCCACUGUCAAAGAAACCUGGGCUUUCAUACCACCUCGGCAGCGCCACAAACUGAUCACCUCCAUGCCACGCCGAAUUGAGGCAGUAAUUAAAGCAAAAGGAGCCCCUACCAAGUAUUGAGUACAUAUACAGUAAAUGAACAUACUUUCCAGAAGGCCAACAAUUCACUAAAAAUGUUUUUUUUAUUGGUCUUAUGAUGUAUUCUAAUUUUUUGAGAUCGUGAAUUGGUGGGUUUCUGUUAAAUGUGAGCCAAAAU